AUGGCCAACAAUGAAGCCUUCAAUGCGCUUCAACGGGAGGCCCUUUCGCAGCUGUUGACGUCGAUCGGAGUCAAGGCAGAAAACCUCAGCGACGAGGUUGAUGCAGGAAUUAAAAAAUGGCGGCUGAAUCGGUUCGGAUCCACGAAUCCAAACACUGUCAAAGAUCAAAUUGAGUCCGUCGUGGACAAAUUCAGAAUGCAUAAUUUUACAGCACAGGCCGACGACUUCGACGAUCAUUUGGACAAUUUCAUCGACCGAGCUCUUGUGAAAGGAAAGUCGGGCAACUCUGACCUACACUGGGAGAUUCUCCACUUUCUGCUGGAAAUGUCCAACUCGCCAACUCAAGCGGCAGAGAUCAAGAACCCUGCGAAGAAAGCCAACGCCAGCAUCGAGGAGCAAUCAGAAGAAAGCGAGGACUCUGAGAACUCGAAUUCGGAAGAAUUCGACAAUGGAGAUCGCUGGGACGACAAGCUAUCCACGUGGUCGGAAGUGACGAAAAGCGAUGAGGGUGAAGAUAAUGAAGAUCUUCCUGAAGAGAACCAGCGGUCAGGAUUUCCUGAGAUUCCGAAGAAAUUCAAAGAGUUCAAAAGAAUCGACAGAGUUUAUAAUCUCGCAGAAGAGUUCCAAAAAGUCGCCGAUAAGCAUCCAACGCGACAAGUCUACCCUGUCGGAGAACAGCCCUGGAAAGGCGAGAAAACAAUGGGAAAGCUCUACGGAGAAGUGAUGGACCACGUGCCUAUAAAUGGAACGCUAGAGUAUUGGAUUGAACAGACGAAUUUGCUGCACAAAAAGGGCUACGGAAAGGGGUUUGAUAAGACGAAAUAUAUAGUGGCGAAUGAGAGGCAAUGUCAAGUCUGGCUCUGUGAUUCUUGUAUGGGAAUGACUGAAAACCACCUGGUUAUUUGGAACGAAGAGAAGCAGCAAGCGUCUAUCAAUGAAUUUAUCCUCGUCCAACAUACUGCACCAGAGUGGCAUGGCUACAUAAAACGCCUUCUUCCACUAAUCACUAAUGUCCGAAAAGUACGAGACUUUUUCUGGGGCCUAACAGGAUCGACGCGCCAUGAGAACAAAUUCUUCCGACCUGCGUUCCUCGACUUUGACAUACAAUUGAUGGAUCUUCUUCAAUCGCGCGUCUUUGUCUUCUUUCGUCGAUGGCGAAAUCAUGCGAUGACGAAGCACACUCUUUGCUCCACUGAUCUUCUUGUAUCCAGCGCGAUGAAGCAGAUUUUCGAAGAAGGGAUGAAAAUAACCGAAAUCGCACUUGAAGUAAUCUCUGUCGAUCGAUCCGCGAAUCCUUGCGAUAUCAGUUCGCGAACGCUUUCCAUUCUCUUCAAACAUCUUCCAAUAAUUCACAAGAGUUACGAAAGCUUCGCCGCCGAGUAUUCAUUCCUCCUGAAAAAGUGCAUGUGGAGAUAUGUCAAUUGCAUUCAACUAUUUGCGUCGCAAAGAAGCUUCAUCAAAGUUGUCCCUACAUUUCCGCUUCGAUUUACUGACGUUGAUAAAGACAGUGAGAAUUUUAUUGACGAAUGCGUCGCCAGAUCGAAUAAUUUCCCGAUCCCUCCAUUGGAGCCUGCGUUGAGUUUACUUUACGAAAUUAUGCGGAUGCGCGCCGUUCUUCAAAACUGGGGCGUCGAGGAAAGAUUUUCCGAUCGCACAUUUAUGUUGGAAAACGCGUUUGAGGAGCAUUGGGAUGAACUGUCCGACAAAUACUUUGGGCGAAGAAAUGUGCUUGAUGACGCGUAUUUGUCAACGCGGGUUUGGGUGAGCUACGAAGAGAAGAAAUUCACGAAGGAGCAGUUGGAGAGCUUUGGCCCUUUUGCUGAAAGGAUGAAGCAAUUGAACAAGAAAAAAGUCUAUCACAGGCCGGAGAAAUCGACAGAUUGGAAGGCUAUUAUCAGAAAGCCAAGCAAGGGAAAUUUCAACUUCAAAAUGUCACGUGGCGCCGCGCUUAAUUGCGGAGAAACCAAUCCCUGGCAUAAAGAAUUCCUCAAGCCGAUCAUGGCUCAUUUGCGCUCGCAAUACAAGUGCUACAAAGCGCAACUGGCGGAAAUCGACCUGCAACGCUAUGUUGAUGCGCAUAUUGAUUUCUUUCUCGGAGAUAUGGGCGAUCAUGUGAACGAUAUUGCCUGGCUGCUGAUGGAUAAGAGUCUUGGAGGGAAGCUGCACUCGAGUCUUGUCGAAGAAGUUAUAGAACAAUGUCCGCGCUUCCACAAAUUCGAAUUCGACAUAAAAAUCGAACAGAGCUCUCCCAAAUCGGCUCUUGAGCGGCUUCACAUCGCUUUUAAAAUGCCACCGAUGCUGAAAACGAUUAUCAGCGACAGCUGCCAGGAGCGAUAUCUGAGAAUAUAUCGCCGCAUGAUUCUCAUGGCUUGCGCUAGCAUUGGUGUUUCGGGCAGAUUCGCCGACAAAAAGAAUCGGGCCAGAGAAGAGGAAGAGUACUCAGAGGAAUCAUCUGAGGCUUGUUUCUUGAGCACUAAAAAUUUAGCGUUUACCGAAGACGAGGCGGACGAAAUUUACAUGCAGCGACACCUCCAAUUGAUUCUUCCCACUUUUGCCCAUGCCUUCCAAAUCGCCAUCAUUCAACCUCUCGUUAAACAGUUCCGCGAGAACGCUGCCCGAUCUGACACCAUCUUCGACUUGAUAAAGUACCACAAAGAAAUGGUGGCAAAGCUCGAAACAGCUGUUUUCUUCGAGGAAACGCCGGUGAUUGGGAAGAAGGUUUUGACGAUUCUGAAGAUCGCAAAAGACUUUGAGCGAAACCACCACAAGAGAUCGACUCAAGAGGAAUUUGUCAAAACCUGCGCGGAUUUGAGAAUGCUCACCAAAUCGAUCCACGAUAAGCUUGUUGACGAGAGAACGAGGUCGCUCUUCCAGGGAAUGUCGGAAGUACUCUACUACACCGAUGUCCGAAACCAAGCUCGAAAUAAUGCUCUUUCCGCGGCGAUGAAGUUCAAAGGAGCACAUAAAAAUGCUCAAAUUUUCUUCCCCAGCGUAGGAACUCCCGUAAAGAAAAAUCUCUAG